GCAGCAUUAAAAUCUAUAGAGGGACAAAAUACACUGAUCUGGCAGAAGGUGUCCUCUGCACAGUUCACAGUAGGAUCUGGGCAGCUCCAUUUUAGCAGUAGCUUUAUCUGAGCAAAGAACCAUGCCAAAAAUUUGUCAGCUCUGCCAAGGUUUUGAAAGAGUGGGGCUUCCUAAAGGACUGGUGAGGGACCAGCCAGGUUGGAAACCCCUGAUUUUGGUAGGAUCCCUGUGCCGGUCUGGGGCAGGACGUUACCUUUGUCUGGGGAAGGCUUGACACCAGACGGAUGAACACCACCUUCCCGAUGAGGGCCAACAAGAUGGUGGAAUCAGGGCUGGCCAUGGUAGGCAACCAAAGUCAUGGGAAAUCCAAUGGCGUAGAGGAGAUCUUGGCCAGUGGUGCAACCAAUGAUAGUUUGCCAGUCGAGGAGCUCUUCCAGUUGCCCACUUUCUCCACCGCUGCCAAAGUCCGAGUGGCUAUAACCAUAGUUCUCUUCCUCUCCUCUGCCUUCUUCAACAUUGUUGUGCUCUGGACCAUCACUCAGAAAUACCAAAAAAGACCCCAUCUUCGAAUCCUCCUCAUGAAUCUGGCAGCUGCGGACCUAUUGGUAACCUUUGUGGUAAUGCCUUUGGAUGUGGUGUGGAACAUUACUGUGCAGUGGUAUGCUGGCGACAUGGCCUGCCGGGUUCUCAUGUUCCUGAAGCUGGUGGCUAUGUAUGCCUCAGCUUUCGUCACUGUGGUGAUCAGCCUAGACCGCCGGGCGGCCAUUUUGAAUCCUCUAAGUGUUGGUGAGGCCAAGAGGAAGAACAAAGUCAUGCUGUGUGUGGCCUGGGCUUUGAGCUUGCUUCUGGCCUUACCUCAGAUGUUUGUCUUCCACACCGUCAGCCGCUCGCAGCCCAUCUACUUCAUCCAAUGUGCCACCAUGGGAAGUUUUCAUGCUCAUUGGCAAGAAAUUCUCUACAACAUGUUCACCUUCUGUUUCCUCUUCCUGCUGCCCCUGCUGAUCAUGGUUGUCUGCUAUUCCCGCAUCUUCAUUGAGAUAUCGAGAAAGAUGAAGAAAGCUUGUGCCACCCCCAAAUCCAGAGAGUUCCACCUUCGCCGCUCUUACAACAACAUCCCCCGGGCACGCAUGCGCUCCCUGAAGAUGUCUGUCAUCAUCGUCUUGACUUUCAUCAUCUGUUGGACACCUUACUACAUGCUUGGCCUCUGGUACUGGUUUUCCCCAGAGAUGCUGACCAGAGAGCAGGUGCCCCCUUCCCUCAGCCACAUCCUCUUCCUCUUCGGUCUCUUCAACGCGUGCCUUGACCCCCUCAUCUAUGGCCUCUUUGCCAUGCACUUCCAGGUAGAAAGCCGCAGGAGCUGCUGCUGCAGUCGGAGGAAAAAGGAGGCAGCCUCCGUGUUGACCGGUUCUUUCCGCUCUUCUGCCGCGAUGCCAGUGAGGCGGCCGGAGAUCCAGGGAAAGUACAAAGCAGAAUUUACUGUAGCAGAAUGUCCACCAGGGGCAAAGCUGUCAUUGUACAGGAGAAAAAUGGCAGAGAGCUUCAUCUGAAAGGAUGGAAGAUGACCAUCUGCUCCAUUCUCUCCCCUGAAUAUUUGGCCUUCACUUCUGGGCACAGACAACUGGAUGGCUCUAAUGUGCCUAAAUGUAGACCCAAAAGUUCCCACAUCCAUAAUUCCAACAGUUGAUGCCAUCAACCAAUAAACACAGAAUAUUUUCUUAA